AUUGACAAUAUGUGAAGAUAACAGAAGGUUGACCAGAUUGCCAGUUAACCAUCGUUCCACGCACGCAGGGAUUAAGAACACUGUCGCAGAGGAACAAUUUGUGUGUUUAUGUUAUGAGAAGAGGACACUGGCAGUUUUAGGACUGUGGUAAUAACCUAAUUAGCGUAAAGUUUGCUUCGCUAAUGUUCUGACGACUACUGCUCGCUUGCAGCGGUUAGCUAACUACUAACCGGCUCGCUAGCACAAGUACGCAGUCGCCAUGGCCGCGGCCCCCCCACUUCGACGCACCGACUCAUCCAGGGGGGAGUUUUCCCCCCUGAAACACUUUGUUGUGGCCAAAAAGACCAUAAGUGACCUGUUUGAGCAGCUUCUCAAUUACGUGACAGAGACCUCCGAGUUUGUGGAAGAAACAUGCGAGAAUAAAGCGAUGGAGAAAAUUGCAAGUCUGGAUCAAAAGUUGGAGAUCCAGGCGUACGCAGAUAAACUUGCUGUCAUCAAGGAGGUGCUGGCUCGCAGACACAUGAAAGUGGCCUUUUUUGGAAGGACAAGUAACGGUAAAAGCACAGUGGUCAACGCCAUGCUGAGGGAUCGCGUGCUCCCCAGCGGUAUCGGUCACACCACCAACUGCUUCCUGAGUGUGGAAGGGACUGAUGAGGACAAGGCCUACCUCAAGACUGAGGGCUCAGAGGAGGAGAAGAGCAUAAAGACAGUCAACCAGCUGGCUCAUGCCCUCCACAUGGAUGAGAGUUUGGAUGCUGGCUGUCUCGUUCGUAUAUUUUGGCCAAAGACCAAGUGUGCCCUGCUUCGGGAUGACCUGGUGCUUGUAGACAGCCCGGGGACAGAUGUCACGUCAGAGUUGGACAGCUGGAUAGACAAGUUUUGUCUGGACGCUGAUGUCUUCGUGCUUGUUGCCAACUCUGAAUCCACGCUCAUGAACACGGAAAAGCAUUUUUUUCACAAAGUCAACGAACGGUUGUCAAAGCCCAACAUCUUCAUCCUCAACAAUCGCUGGGACGCCUCUGCAAAUGAACCGGAAUACAUGGAAGAUGUGAGAAAGCAGCACACAGAUCGUUGUGUUAACUUCCUGGUGGAAGAGCUGAAGGUCAUGGACCGUGAACAGGCACCCAACCACAUUUUUUUCGUCUCCGCCAAAGAGGUGCUCACCUCCCGCAUGCAGCGGGCACAGGGCAUGCCCGAGACAGGUGGUGCCCUGGCCGAGGGCUUCCAGGAGAGACUUAAAGAGUUCCAGAGCUUUGAAAGGAGGUUUGAGGAGUGUAUCUCGCAGUCAGCAGUGAAAACAAAGUUUGAGCAGCACACAAUCAGGGCCAAGCAGAUCACAGAAAAAGUCCAGUGCAUCAUGGACGCCAUCAACAUCGAGGCGGCGGAGAAGAGAGUAGCAGCACUGGAGGACAGGGAAUAUCAAAUAGACCGUCUGGACUUUGUGAGGAAUCAGCUCAGACUGCUGAUUGAUGACAUCAAUAAGAAGAUCAAGGCCAUCAGUGAGGAUGUGGAGUCAAAGGUGUCUGACGCCAUGGGUGAGGAGAUCUGCCGUCUGCAUGUGAUAGUGGACGAGUUCCGUGCGGACUUCCACCCUUCGCCCCAGGUCCUCAAGCUCUACAAGUCUGAGCUGUUGUCCCAUGUGGAAGAGGGGAUGGGAAAGAACCUGGCCUUCCGCUGCUCAGAUGCUGUCAACGCCUCCGUCCAGUCUAUUCAGAGAUUCAUGACAGAGAGCAUGUUCCCGUUGCUGCCCGCCGUCAGCCAGAACCAAAUCCACAUGCUGGUGCCCAACCGGAAACUGGACCUGAGUUACGACCUCAACUGCGCCUCGCUGUGCAGCGACUUCCAGGAGGACAUAGAGUUUCGCUUUUCUUUUGGCUGGACGGCAUUGGUGCACCGCUUCCUGGGAUCCGUCCAUGCCGAGAGAGCCCUCAAACUGGUGGACCAGAAACUGCAGGCUUCUCUACCAGCUCUGCCCUCGGCCACAACGCCCUCCUCAGGACCCCCGUCCACCGCCGCGCCACCCAACCACGAGACAGCCCUCAUGAGCCAGGAAGACCUGAUGGUCGCCAUGGCAACCAACGCCGCAUCCCUCACCUCCCGCACAUCAAUGAGCGCUAUUGUCGUCGGAGGAGUGGUGUGGAAGACAUUGGGCUGGAGGCUGAUCGGCAUGAUGGCCUCCAUCUACAGUUUGCUGUACCUGUACGAGCGCCUCACGUGGACCACCAAGGCCAAGGAGCGCAGCCUGAAGCGCCAGUUUGUGGACUACGCCACAGACAAGCUACAGCUCAUCAUCAGCUUCACCAGCGCCAACUGUAGCCACCAAGUGCAGCAGGAGAUGGCGACCACCUUCGCUCGGCUGUGUAAUCAGGUCAAGCAGACGCAGGUGGAGCUCGAGGCAGAAAUCCAGCGACUGAGUGCCAACGUCGAUCAGCUGGAGAGCGUCCAGACACGCGCCAAGAGUCUGCGGCACAAAGCCAGUGAGCUGGAGAAACAGUUGGAGACAUUUACAAAGCAGUACCUGCAGCCUCAACACUGAAGUCAGUCUUCGGAAAGGCACAAAAUAAUCCAUCAACAAAAGCAUUUUUCCCACAACUUCACAGCCAUAAAGAUUAUGGAUGAUUCUGUUGUCUGUUCUCUUUAGUUCCAUUAGGAAUUGUUUUUUUAUUAUUGUUUCAGAAUAAACCACCUGUUUAAGUCUUGGACUUGUCCACUCUAUGUGACAGUAGUAUCAUAAAGAAUACCAACUAUCGGGGUGCUAUAUUUGUACACUAAUGUGCUUCAGACUGUGAAUAUGCCUUUUUUGACAAAUGUUUGUGAAAUAAAUGAUCUUUUUGCGUCUGUCAGACGGCACAUGUGUUGGCAACAAAAAAUACAUUUACUAUUGAGAGAUAAUUUGGGAUGUAGUGCAAAUCUAUUGUAUAAACAUCACCUGAUUAAAAGUAUUUCCUCAAAUUGUG